UUAUGGAAUUUAUCUAACGAGUUACAUGAAAUUGAUAGCCUAGGUAGCAUGGGUGAACUGGAAACGGCUGUAACAAAGUCCUGGGCUUCUAUCUUUAUUGAUACCACAAACACAGAACAGCUGGUGUACGAAGAUUUUAUUGCAAUUUACCAUGUCAUGAAUGGCUUGGAAAUACCUGAAGAGCCUAUAAAAAAUGUUGCGGAGUUCCUGGUUGAAAACCUGAAGAAAAAAAUCGGUUUACCAGAUUGCACCCUCAGAAAUGCAGAUUAUCAGUUAAAAAUUCUGGUUUAUCUGUCCUGCAGUUCUGAUUGCCCAACCCAAGCAUCUACAAUAGAGAGGGUGACACGUUUAGAAAAGGAGGAACAGAUUCUUAUAUAUGAGAUUAUUCAAGACAUAGACGGGCUUGUAGCAUCACAUGCUAAUAAACAAGAAACAGGGAAAUCUUCUGAAACAUGUAUCACUACCACUCCAGGAAAGAAGCAAGAAAAUGCUAUAAAGACUUUGGAAGAGUCAUUCUCAAAUUCAACUGAGACAGAAGAGAGUUGGAAGGAGAAGUACAAUGCUCUGCGACUGCAACACAUCUCAGACGAGGCAGAGAUACAGGAGCUGAAUGACAGAUUGGAGCAGUGCUUUGAAGAAAUAUCACGUGUCAAAACAGAGAGCACACAUUUACAGAGCCAAAUCGUGGAGAAGAACUCUAUGAAGUUACAAUUGGACGAUUUUAAACUUGCAAAUGCCGACUUAGUGGAUCAGUUGGAAAAAUCUCAGAAGAACGUCUCAAAACUGAAAUUAAAGGUAAAAGACGUAGCUGAACUGGAGAGCGCUUUGAGUGACAAUCAGAAUGAAGUAGCAAAACUAACAGAAGAUCUCGCCCAGGCCCAGAGGCUCAACUCUCAAAACCAACUUGCCAGGCAAGAACAGCGUAAAGAAUAUCAAGAGAAGUGUAGAAUACAAGUUGAGAACAAAACGUACCUUGCUCUUAUUGCACAGCUUCGAGCUGAAAACGAGACCCUAAAGCAAGAUCGGCGUCAGAGCUUGUUACCAAUGAACAGGCUCAACAACAUCCCUGACUCCAGUUUCGAAGCUUUACCUUCUCUAGCUGAUGAACUGAUGACUGCUGAAGCUCCUCCUACUAACGAGGAACUAGAGACUCUGAAGACAGAGAACACUGAGCUGAAAACUAAUGUGGAGAACCUACAGAUUGGGGAGAGAGUAAUGCAGGAGCAGAUAGAGUCUCAAGUUGAAGAGAUCACCAAACUGACCAACAAGUACCAUGAACUGGAGAUGUCUCACUUCAGGAAGGCUGAGCAGCUCGAGUCCUGGAAAGCUAUGUACCAGAAGUUCAAAUACGAAAGCGAAGCCAAGUACGACGAGAUUGUACACGAGCACCGACAAGAACUUAGCAAAAUAAAAUCUGACCUCCACGAUUCACUGUUUGUCGCUAAGAAGGAUCUCCUUGACAAGGAGUCAGCAAUAAAGAAGCUACAAAGACAACUGGAGAUGCAGAAGACCCGAGCAGUGGCUGCUCGACCUGAAUACUCCUCACCGUCCCCCAAUACACCUGUCAUCAUCAAGCGAUACAGGACCCCUAAAACUCCAUCUAAUAUUCCUAGACUUUUGACUCCGAAAAGAAAUUACGUCAGAGACUUUGACAAUUCUAGAAUGGACGAAAUGUCAAAACGAAACCAAUCUGUGCUGCCACAUUUAAGGUCUACCUACCCAGUAGAAGUGCAGUACAGUGAGAAACCUAUCGCUCUGGACGGCUCCGGCAAGAUCACCAACAGUCAACCUUUCAACCAUUCAACCAGACACAAUUACAACUUCAACUCUGAACCAGCUAAGCCCAGUGCUGCUUUUGAGAUUCCCAACUCUCCCAAAACCAGGUCUAAGAAACGAGAGCCGUUACCUGCCGCUCAGCCAGCCAAGAAGGAGUGCAGCGGUAAAAAGAAGGAGAACAAUCCCUGUGUAAUGCUACAAUUCUCCCCUCCCAAGCCCAACUACAGACGCAGGAGAUAAGUCUGCUGAAGCGGCUCUGUGAAAUGCGGUACUCUUGGCGGGAGUGUGUAAUAUUAAAUGUGGCGAAGUGACGUAACGAGAAGAAAUUGAUAAAUCCGAUGUAAGAAAUUCUGUAAAAUAGAUUGAAAAGAAGUAGUUCGAAAUAGCCGAUGGGUUCACGAAUACUAGUGACAUGAGGCCCAGCCGGUUGGUAUGAGAGCAUGUUUUCAUUUCUGAUUCACUCUUUGGGGAAACAUCUGCUUGGUGUCGUAGUGCUCGGAAAUGUAUUUCGGUCCACUUUCAGUAAAACUAAAACGGCACGCGCGCACGCCGAAUCAUAUUUUUCUGUCAAUCUCUAGUCGAAUCUUUACGCGGCAAUAUUCGAUUCGUAUCUCACAAACGUUUUAUUUUGGUAGACGAUGGAUUUGUUAAUAUUGGAACCUAAAUUUCACUGCCAAAAUAAUGAUGGUAUGUGGACAGUGGGCGUGAAUGUGAUAGAAUAUGCAUGCGAAGCGUUACAUGAGCUUUAUUUAUUGAGGGUAUCUUUCACUGCCAAAUGUGCAAGUUUGUUUAUUUAGGAAUAUAAUAUAGUGUGUUGGUGCCUUUACAGCUUUUGUAUGCUUUUCCGAGCGCGAUAUUUUCUAUUUAGGAGUUUGUUAUCUUUCUAGUUUAAUCGAUCGGUAGGAGGCGCCUAUCAGAUUAUACUUGAGCUCCAUAAGAGGGAUUUAUUAGCUAUUGGAAUGAGGCAUUAGGCCUAGAUACCGUUGGGGAUUGUUCACGUGUAAUAAUACGCAAAAUCCGUUUCAAUUCAAUAAUUGUUUGCGCUUUUCCUAUGUAGUAUGUAAGUAUUUUCAUAUCUCAAUCUCCUGCUUUUUAAGAACUUGUAAUAUGUGAACGAGCCCUUUCAGGUUUGAUAUUUUUGCAUCCAGUUGCAAAUGGUUUAGAUUCUUUCUAAAUUUUCAUUGUUUAAAUAUAAUCGUCGUGAUAUUGAUAAUGAUUCGUCAGUAUUAAUUGAAGGUCAAAAAUUCGGUUUUCUGUUAAAUUUGGCAGCUUCAUUACAAAAUAAAUAAAAUAUGUGUGAUUUUGCUACUCAUUGUCGAUUUCUAUUUCAUUCGUGAAAUGCAGUGUGAACAAAGGACAUAAAGUGUGUUUUAAUCAAAAUAUUCUAUUAGACUGUUUAAUAAUUUAUUCUCAACUUGCUUCAAUCUCCC